UGGUAGGUUGUUAUUCCUGGGGGGUCCUGGGGUUCCUGGUUGGUACGGCCGUAUGUCGUAUAUUUGGUUGGGGCUUAAGAUUACGAAGUGCUGAAGCAUAUACCAGUGCAAUGGGAAAACACUUCGGUGAAUUGGCCAAAAUCCGAGGCAUCAUUCAGUACCGACUCUCACCGUUUGAACAAAGAGCAUUUGCUGGGGCUAUAAGUAAAGGUCUCCCUAAUAUUUUCGUCCGCAUUCGUUCCAACAUUUUUCGAGUUCUGCCACCAUUUGUGGUUGCCUACCUGAUAUAUGACACUGUCGAGAAGAAACAUGAAAAGCUCAUGCGCAAGAAUCCAAAAGAUUAUGAAAAUGACGAAUGAAACGCCCAGGAGAUGUAGAAUCUUGUAGUAUAUUCAGCAGGCAGAUAUCAUUGUAUAAUAUGUGUGUGAAUAAAUUAUGAAUGUUAUUUUAUAUUGA